AUGGUUAAAAUACUGCGCUCUCAACUACACAUCAUUCUACUCGUUGCCCUGGUCCUGAAUUGCGCCCAUGCCGAGGACGCUUUAGAACUUUUAAGCCCUGAUUCAGCUCUCAGCAACUUCAACGGACCCGUCAGCAAUGCAAUAGAGAAUUUGGCCUUCAACAUGGUCUCGAUCGCGGACGAAAUCGCAGUGCAAGCGAAUGGUAAAUUUGCACGCACGAGCGAUAUGCUACUCGGCAGCAUCGAAACACUCAUCACCAACGCCUUGGAGCGGCUAGCGCUGCCGAUACUUCAGGCAAGUCGUAAGCUAAGUCAAGAAAUCUGCCAAACCUCUUUGACUAUACACGAUUUACGUGCGAGCAUCGAUUUACAGUUAAGUAACUGUACUGAAGAUCUCAACGAUUUGUUGCGAUCAUUCAAAUCAGAGGCCGAAGAAAGUAUACUAUCGAUUGAGGGAACUAUCGAUGAAGUUGUUAAUUUAGCAAAAACUUGCCAUGUUCUGGGGGACUCAGAGACGGGUAAAAUAAUGUCACGUGGUUUUGCAACAAGUACAAAUUGUUUCGUUGAAAGGAUUGUGUCUUUGAAUGCAGAGAUUUCUAAAGAGCUGGAGACUGUGGCUCUGCUUUUGUCCCGUACUGGUGAGGUCUCACAGCAAAGUGAAUCGCAGGCGCUGGCCUGUAUUGAUGAACUAGUAAAGGAGGUUACGAAGCGCAUCGAAGAAGACCUGAAAGAUUGCUAA